AAAACACACCCACUCUGCCCAGUCCCGCAAUGAGGAAGUGAGGUUCUGGUUGUUCCCAAACGCGCCUUCAGUGCGAUCAACGCGAUGGAAAGUAAACACGGUUAAAACAGAAAACGUGUUAUGUGGACGAAGAAAACCGACAGAUGAGAUGAGAGGAAUAACCUGGAAAUCAUUUUACGCAACGCCUAUUAGGGUGGGUGCCACAAUCCUCAUCCUGCAGCUAUGCCUUGUGAUCGGUUUUAACUUUACUGAAUCUUCUGGAGACUAUACAAGUGCAGAGCCUAAGAUGGAUCUGGAGUGUCUUAAUGAUUACAUAACAGAGAUGAUGUGUAGUUUGACUUCAGACCAACAGCUCAUCUGCCCCGAGUACAAUGUGUCUCUAUUUAAUGCAAGAACACUUCAAAGAUUUACUUGUGAUUUAAAGCAACGUAUUUCCAGCUCAUGUGAAUGCACAGUGCAUGUGGACUCUGGCUUUGUUUUGGGAGAGGAAUACACGUUUAAGGUGUUGAGAAACGAAAACCUACUGUUCACUACAAACUUCGGUACUACAGAAAACAUUAAACCUAAAAAACCUGUCAUAAUGACAGUCAAGGAAACAAAGAAUGGAAACUUUCUCAUUGUUUGGGACACGGCUUAUAUGAUUAAUGACCCUAUAUUCAGCGAUGACCUGGUUACGGAGCUCACUUACUACAUCGAUGGAAGCAAAGGGACGAGAAAAAAUGUGACCGUAACAACAAAAGACCAGUAUGAGCUUGUAGGCAGAAACCUUGAGUCAAAUUCCAACUAUAUUGUGAUGGCAAGAAUACAAUCACUCUUAAAUGACAGAUUCAGCGACUACAGUGAUCCAUAUAGGUUUUCUACAUCCCCAUCUCUAAAGGACUAUGUCAAGAUAAUAAUUCCCCUCAUAUGUAUAACUCUGAUCAUCAGCAUUUUUAUCACCUACUAUUUAUGCAACAAAAUCCUGAUUGUUUGGUGGUUCAAGAUUCCUACUCCGAAAAUAGCUACUAGUUUUGUAAAACAGGUCCCAAACUUGCUGUCAUUUCAAAACGACUUUUCACCUGACAAUCUCGACGCUUCAAAGCUGCUCCACUCCAGAGAUAAGAUCUGGCCUGCGUCUUCUCCGGUAGAUGUCCGAGGUGAAAAUAACAGCCUCAACAGCUUCGGUAGAGACGGAGAUUCGUCAGGAGUGAGUUACAGCCAAACGGUAAUUCAGAGUAUAGAAGCAAACAGUCCUGAAAAUAACACUCAUGGGAAAGAAUCUCAGUCAACAGUCAGUCGAAUGCCAACAUCAACACAAUAUUAUAAAAACCUGACAUCGCUCAGCAAUGACAGUAAUGUUCUAAUGCCGUAUGGGAACAGCUCUGACUUCAGUAACAAGCCCUAUAUGUUUUCACUCUCUGACAAGAUUCACAACCCCACCAAUGGACACUGUAUCUAUGACUUGAAUCAGCAUGAGAGCAUUUUUCCUUCUUUGGAGAAGAACUUGGACCCAGUGAUCCAGACAGAUUUGGAGUAUGGCCCGUGUACCCCGUGUACCCCAUGUACCGGAAGCUCAGGGUCUGAAAACGUCACACCCUCCAGCAGCGAGAUUAUCGUGGUUAAUGGAUAUCAGAGCCUUAAUAACAUCCUGGAUCGUGCAUCAAAACCUCAAUCGUUUAUCAGCCCUCAUAAUGACAUUUCCCUGAUCACAGAAAAGAUCCUCUGCAGCAAGAACGCACACAACAUUUCCUAUGAAAGCCCCAUCAUCCCAGUGGAGAACGAAUAUAGAGAUUUCCGUAGCUUACUCCAAAAUUCAAACGAACAACAUAGCCUGGUCACUGGCCCUGAAUUAAAACAGCUUUGUGGCCUGGAUUUGCAUACAUCUCCAGGUAUUGAAAUCGACUGUUCAUAUCACAGGGUAUGAAUUCACAGUUCGGAAACAGAAUUUCUCUAAACGUAUUUGCAGGCCAGACCUUUUCAUGCAGCUUAGCAGCGAGAUCAGGCUUAAAAAAUAUAAACAAUAAAGUGUAUAUUUGUGCUACACGUGUGCACAACACAGCAGCAUCGUUAUCCAGAUGUUGCCUGAUAUCCGAUCUUUAAACUCCAUGAAAUACGAAACUUUAUCCGAAUCCAUAAACUAAACUUUAGCGAGAUGACAUUUUUAGGACAAACUGUAGCAAUAUCAAUAAUAUGCAUUUAGUAUUAGAAUGCAGCAUUUAGUCAAUGCAGUAAUUUACAUGUAUUUUACUAAAAAAUGGUUAAGCUUCUAGCGUUAAAGCAGAAAUACAGCUGACGGUUUGUCGUUUUUAUUCAGUCUGGUAUCUUAUCAUAUGGUUAUUAUUAUGGCAAUAAGAUAAGAAAGAUCACAAACACCGAACAGAUCCGGAUAUUUAGACAUGAGGAAUUAAAACUUCAGUGAGAAUUAGGUAAAAGAAGAAGUGUAGUAGAGUGAUGUUUAAUUACAGAACUUGUGAAAACAAGCAUAAAACCAAAAACCACUUCCUUGCAGUCUGUCGCCUUAAUGUGAGAAUGUGAUUUGAGAUAAGACUACACGCUUAACCCUGUCGAAAUAUUUCAUCUGGAAGGACGGACCACCGUGAUUGUUGUUAUAUGGUGUGCUAGAUAAACUUUUCACUGGAAGCAUCAUGUAAAUAUUAUGUACGUUGUCACGGAACCUCGUUUGUCAUGCCUCUGAAAUGACCUACACAAAAAAAUUCAUAUGCUCUUUGUUUCCUGAAAAUUCUGGUUAGGGAACUUUGUUGGAAUCUUGUGAGAUUUUAUCGAAUCUGCCACAUAUAAAUACUGUACACUAUGUAAUACAAUUAGCCUGUCUAUACUGUAUUUAACUUCCUUUUAGAGUUGUUUUGGGUGUCAUGGCUUUUCACAUCGAGGCUUACGAUGACGCCAGAGAGAUAUAUUUGGACCGAAUGAAUCUUCACCAUUGGGUUCUGUGGAAGGCGAAGCACAGGCUAAGCAAACAAACAUAAAGAACUUCAAUGACAAAAGAAUACAACACGUGAUGAGAGGAACGUAUGCACAAGCUCACAGGAAGCUGUCAUUUAAAUGGACACAGACGGUAAACUUGUGUCAGAGUAGAGCUGAAGCAGAGCCUGAGAAAAUAACCUGUAAUAUCGAAACAAAUUCGAAUUUCGUUUGAAAUCUCUUGAAUGGUUGCACUUUGUGCCUCACAGCUUCAUUGUCUCCAGCCAGUCCGAGCUUCUGCUAAGGUUACCUGGGGUUCAAGCCGGAUACAAACAGAUCUAUCUGUAUUUAAAUACUAACGUAGUUAAAUCGCUUAUAAAUUUAAUAUGCACUCGUUUUGUGAAACCGAUUUGUUUCGUAUUAACCACGUUAACUAAAGAAAUAUCGAUAUGAAAUAUGAGCUGAACUAACAAAGCAAACCAGAUUAAAGUUCAUAAAUGAAGACAAAAAUCAGAUGAGAUCAGAUUCAGCUUUGUCCUUGUACAUAGAAAAAGAUUAAGAUUAAGAAAUGUAGUUCGUUUUGAGCAGAAGUGCAAAUAACAAGCAUGUGAAUACGACAGGAAGUUAAAUAAGUUCAAGCGUCAGGAUUCUGUCGAACAGUCGCAGUUGUAAAGUGUACCAGUAAAUCUGUGCAAUAUGGGAAUUAAAGAGGGUGUGUGAGGAAAGUCUCAGGGGUGUGUGGGUUAGUGCAUUAGAUCAGAUCGCUUAUUCAAUUAAAAAUCCAAUUCCGCGAUGUAAAGGCCGAAUGCACUGUAAUGGCACACGUGGUGCGUAAUCGGGAUGUGUGCGUUUUAAAGACCGCAUGAAGUGAUUAAUGAGUGACUCAUCAUCACUGAUGAACGGGAAUGAGUUGUGCCAUCUGUGCCAUCUACGUGUUGAUCGGCAUUUAUCAACAUCCCCAUGUGAAGCCAGAGAAAAGAGAACCGAAGAAAUUCAGUCUUUUCAACACUAUUGUAAAUACAGCAGAUAUUUUUUCAUUUAGUUUGGAUUAACAUGUACGUUUAAAACAUCCCUAAAACAUUCUCACUGUCUGGCUGUGUAGAGUUUUGCAUGUUACUCUGGGUUCUCAGGAAUUCUUCACACCUCUUAAAAACAUGUCACGGCAUGACUGUGAUCGUCUGGGAUCUCAUCUCGGUCCUAUUCACACCUUAGGGCUAAUUUUCAACUGACGGGAUCUCGAAUCGGAAUACGGAGAACUCAGACGUCUGUUGUGUAUAUGCGAGAGCAACGGAUUUAUGACUUUUACACGCCACACGUUGUGUCUCGUAUCCUAUUUUCAAACAUUUGCUUCAGCAAGUUCCAUUUGCUGGAAACUGCAGACUGAUAUUUAGCUUAAUCACUCACAGGAACAGAAAUACGCAAAUAGAAAUAAAAUAAAAGAUGGGGAAUGAGUAUGUGGGAAUGUUUCUAGAUUUAAUGUGAUACUUGUGGCACAAGCACUAUUCUUGUGUGUGUGUGUGGGGGGGGGGGGGGUUGUUAUUGUAUAUAGUGUACACAGCCCUGUGUUACAUGUAAAUUUAAUUGACUUUAUCCUAGUAAUGUGACUGUAUCCUUUUCCUGGUUGCUCUCAGAUACAUAUCAGAUGUCACCACAAUGCGAGCGUUCAGCUCAGGUUUCAGGUUUUGUCUGUAUUUGUGUAUGUUAUGAUGUUAAUCUUGUGUCAUUCACUUGAGCUGAUUAUUGAAAGAAUGGCUGUCUGUGCUGUAUAUCUUUUAUAGAAAAGUCGUGUAAUACUACAGAACAAUCGUGACUCAUUCGUGUCGGGUCGCUCACUCGUUCGUGACUCAUACGAGGUACCACACGAAAAACUACAUUGUUAUUGGAGAAACAUCAGAUCUGAGCAAAACUGACUGACUCACUCAUUUCCCUUGAAUACACAGUUUGCAUGCUUCUAGUCAUUAUGUACAGAUUUAACUCUUAAAGGAAAACAAAACCCAUCAGAUUGAUUAAAAAAACAACAACUCUGAAUCCUGGAGCGACUGAUGAAACCUGUUGACUCUAUUGUGUCUUUGGAAAUUUUUAUGAUUUAUGACUGAAAAUAAGAUUUGGAACAACUACAUAUUUGAGUUUCUGUUGUUAUUUUGAUGAAUAGAUCUGAUGAAAUAAAAUAAUGAAUGCUCACAAAA